UAUCAAUUUUAUUAGGCAUGAAUUUAUUGCCACAGAAUUGUAAAUCUUUUUAAGUGUACAUUAUUUCUUUAAUUUCAUGGAUUUUAUUCAGCGAUUUUAUUUUCAAAGGAAAAUUUUACAGUGUUAGAAAACAGCUUUCCAUAGUAAGCAAAUUAUUCAACAGUUGCGCAACCGUUGACGUAGCCAAUGUUAUCACGGAGAAGGGAUAAAGCGCGGCGCCUCAGAAGAAGGUGGAAGGGGAUUCUCCUACACAGUAUGUAUGUCCUGUUUCCGGCUGUCAACCGUAGAGCUUGGUAGAACAGCGACGUACAGCAGGGACGCUUGAUUUGCUGUCUUUUCGUUGCGUUUUAUCGCCGCUACGUUUCCAAAGUCUGGAGCAAAAGCAUACGUGAAUGCACCUCGAUUUGCGAAUCAUUACAUGAUUUAAACGGAAAUCUAAAUUGAGUUAGCAGCAUCAAAAUGGCUUGGCGUUUUAAAGCGUCUAAAUACAAAAAUGCUGCACCGAUUGUUCCCAAACCAGAGGCUUGUAUUCGAGAUAUUUCUGUGGGAUCAUAUCAAACUUAUGGGAAUAAUAUAACAGCAUCUGCCGCAUUUAUGGCAUUCAAUGUUGACCAUAAUGGUUCCAGUUUAGCAGUAUUACCACUGGAAGACUGUGGUAGAAAGAGUAAGACAAUGCCACUUCUUCAUGCACAUGCAGACACUGUGACAGAUAUGGAUUUUUCUCCAUUUCACGAUGGCUUGCUUGCAACUGGGUCUCAGGAUUGUCUUGUAAAGUUAUGGCAUAUCCCAGAAAGUGGUUUAGAAGAAUCUUUGUGCAAUCCUGAAUGCACAUUUUCACAUCGUCAACGAAGAGUGGAAUCAGUAUGCUGGCAUCCUUCUGCUGAACAUCUUCUGACCACUGUGUCAUUCACCAAUUUGUCACUUUGGGAUGUUCUCUCUCAACAGGAGCUAUUCUCUAACAGUGCAGAUCAUACAGAGGUAAUACAAUCUGUAAGUUGGAAGCAAGAUGGUUCCGUUUUAGCAACAUCCUGCAAAGACAAACAAGUCAGGAUCAUAGAUCCACGCGUAUCUACGUGUAUUGUUAACUCAUGCUCCAGUCAUCAAAGUAUCAAAGAUUCCAGAAUAGUUUGGCUAAAUAACGAUAGAAUACUUACCACAGGAUUUGACGCGGCAAGACUUCGUCAAGUUUAUAUCAGAGACUUGAGGCAUUUAAAUGAUCCAGUAAAAACAUUGGAACUAGAUUGUAGCACUGGCAUCUUGAUGCCUCUAUUUGAUUCUGAUACGAAUAUGCUUUUCCUCGCUGGAAAAGGAGACACUACUAUCAUAUACAUGGAAGUCACAGAUAAAGAUCCUCAUUUAGUAGAAGGAAUUCGUCAUAGCGGUGAACAAACCAAAGGUGUUUGCCUGGUUCCUAAACGAGCGUUAAACGUAAUGCAGGCUGAAGUCAACAGAUUAUUGCAACUUACUUCCAAUAUGGUGAUUCCAAUCAUGUAUCAAGUUCCACGAAAAACAUACAGAGAUUUUCAUGCGGACAUUUAUCCAGAGACAGCUGGUUACAUUGCUCAAAAUAAUGCAGCAGCAUGGAUUAAAGGUCAUAAUGCGCCUGUACCAAAGAUAUCGCUGGAUCCUGCUAAAAGAAACAAAGGCGAGGAACCGAUUACUGUACACAAAGGGAACUUAACGGCGCUCAAAGACAAUCAGCGCGAUAUUAAAGUGGAACAAGUGAAUUCUCGGCAACCGAAAUCCUCCUUGGUCAUUACAACGCCGAAAGGUUUCUCCGCGCCGAAAGCUCAGAGCAACGUGAACGAGAAUGACAACAAUGUAGAAAACGAUACCGAGAAGAUCGAAGAUGUGAAAAAACCCGAGACAGAAGAAGAUAAGACUAAAAUACAAAAUGGGGGACAAGCCGUUCCGCCGAAACCUUUACCAAGAGCAUCAAGAACAAACAGCAUCUCCGAGGAGGAACCGAAACCAGUGGCACGCCCUCGCACAUCGCCGAAUCCCGGAUCAGUAGUUACAUCGGUGAAUCCUAACGCGAUCGGCGGAUAUAAGCCUCGACUUGGACCCAAACCAUUCCAGGCAAAAUCCAGCAGUCAGGAAUUUUCGUUCGACAAAGUCUUUUCUGUACCAGUCGCGCCGAAUAAUGACAACAACACCAAUGGUUAUCAGAACGACGUUAAUAAUGCUGUAGAGUUAAAUAAUACAGAAGCGGACAAGUCACCGACUUAUGCGCCUAAUGAGCGUGUCAAGGACGCGGAAAACGGCAAAAGUGAUUCCAGUUCUAUAGAGGAGGAUGCUAAUUCGAGCGACUCUGGAUACAAGCCGAAGACACCGAGCACUGCGGAAAGACGGAAAGUAUUCGAAACGAAAGUGAAAGACGAAUCGCCCGAGAACGAGGACAUUGGAAACUUUGAACGCGGUUCGAACAGAAACUCAAUCGCCGAAAGACGGCGUCUUUAUGAGAGUCGAUCUGUGUCUGUCACCGAUGGAAAUUUGGCGGAGAAGGCGAUGGGCUCGCCGACCAUGCUGAGACGAAGAGAUUCCUUCAAGGCGAAGAGUGAGGUGAUUAAAGAGGAUGAAACGAAAAAGAGCAUUCCUAUGUUACGGCAGCAGAGCAUGGAUCCCAAGUUGGAAAAGCCGGAGCCCGUUGCAACGCCAGUUUCUAAAAGAACAUCGACAGUUUUUGGAAAAGUAUCCAAGUUUCGGCAUUUGAAAGGCACUCCAGGACACAAAUCUACGCAUAUCGAGAAUAUACGUAAUAUCAGUCGUCAAAUAUCUGGCGAGUGCGAUGGUUUUCAUGCUAAUCCUGAUCGAGUAGCUGUGCCGUUGAGUGGCCCAGGCGGAAAGAUAGCGGUAUUGGAAUUAAAAAAGACCGGAAGAUUACCGGAUGGAGUUAUGCCAGCGUUGGUCCACGGCGCGACUGUAAUGGACUUCCAAUGGGAUCCAUUCGACAAUCAGCGAUUAGCAGUUGCUUGUGAUGACGGAAUAAUUCGGUUGUGGGAAAUACCGGAAUCUGGUUUGGCUGAACCGACGAACGAGCCGAAGCAUAUCAUAGAAGCUCACACUGACAAGAUAUAUCUGAUUAAGUUUCAUCCGCUGGCGUCGAAUGUCCUCGCAUCUGCUUCGUACGAUAUGACCGUUAAAAUUUGGGACCUAUCACUCUUAUCAUCUACCGAUACGGCAACUGCGAAAAUCACACUGAUUGGUCAUACGGAUCAAAUAUUUAGUUUAGCGUGGUCACCGUGCGGUCAGUUUCUUGCCAGCACAUGCAAAGAUUGCAAAUUACGGAUUUACAAGCCUCGAUCUAGUGAUGUCCCUGUGAAAGAAGGAAAAGGUCCUGUGGGCACGAGAGGGGCGAGAGUUGUAUGGGCACUCGAAGGCAAAUAUCUGGUUGUAAUGGGCUUUGACAAAGUUUCUGAGAGACAAAUUUACGUAUUUAAAGUGGAUAAUCUGAAUACGCCUUUGAACACUGUUGGAUUGGACGUUUCGCCUGCCAUACUAAUGCCAUAUUACGAUGAAGAUAGCUCCACGCUUUUCCUAACUGGACGUGGUGAUUCUACAAUAUAUGUAUUUGAAGUAACAGAGGAAGCUCCACAUUGUUGUCCACUGAGCCAUCACAGGUGCAGUAGUUUGCAUCAGGGCUUGUCAUUCCUCCCAAAAAAUAAAUGCGACGUGGCCAGUGUAGAAUUUGCUUCUGCUUUGAGGCUAACAAAUAACACAAUAGAACCUUUAAGCUUUACCGUGCCGCGCAUAAAGAGCGAAUUAUUCCAAGACGAUCUCUUUCCUCCAACUAAAGUUAUCUGGAAACCGACUUUAUCCGCGACAGAAUGGUUUAACGGUGGCAAUAAACAACCGUCUAGAAUAAGUCUCAAGCCACCUGGCAUGGAUAACUUAACUGAGAAUCAAUCGCAAAGUGUAGUUACUACCCCUCAAGUUGCAAAUAAACCGUCACCAAUGCCUUUCGGUAUGUCUGCACAACCCUUCAGACUAGGGUGGAAUCCGGACGUUAAAGCAAAACAAGAUGAGAUCCAGAAAACUAUGAGCCAAUUUGUGGGAGAUGUCAUCCAGUGUUCCUUGGAACAAGAUCACAUGGAAGGUGUCGAGGAACACGAAUGGGACGAGUAAAAAUGGAAGACCUGUGGAUAAACGCAAAAUCGAUAAAUCGAAAAAAUUAAGUAGUUGUUGGAGCCGUAAAUUAUUCGUAAGUUAGAAUUAUAUAUCGAAGGCAAGAACAUCGCAGUGUUACUGUGUACAGAGCGAGAAGCAGUUAUAUCAGAGAGAUAUACUUCCAACGAUUUUCUUUUGGAGAAGGCAGGCGAUAAGUACAGUGUUUUAUAUCAAUUUAUAACAAUACUCAUUUUUUCGUAAACCUAGCUUAAGAUUUUGUAAACGCACUUUUCAACGCAUAGAAAUAAGAAUUCAGGCCUUGUUAAAUCACAUUAAUUUAAAGUAAAUGGAGAAACAAAAGUAAAUGUCACAAGAGAUUUAUACCCUGGCGAUGUGAUCAAUGCAAUAUUUGAUAUAGUCCAGUGUUGAUAUAACACUGUUCUUAUAAAACCAAAUGCGUGAUUAUAGCUCUAGUCUCAAAUUUUUCUUUAACUGCUGAUUUCUCAUAUAUUUCUAGCUACAAAUCUAUAGUAUUAUUACUAAUGUAGAGAUUAUAUUAGAUAUAGGAUAUGCUUAUAAUUAUUGUCAAGAGAAUUGAGAAACACAUAAUACAAUUUGACAAUAGUUUUAUCUAUCUAUUUAUGAAUAUCAGUUUGGAAGUUCAGUGGAUGAAUAAUUCUUAGAGCAAAAAUAUGCUAAUAUAUUCAUUACGCUUUGCAAUAUCAAGUGUGAACGAUAUCAAUUGUGUCAGAGACAAUUAUUGACGAGUAUUUGAUUAUUCGCUAUAAAUCAAGAGUGUAGUAGACUGAAUAAUUUUUUACGUAGAUAAAAAAAAUUUUAUAAUAUGUGCCAUUUGUAAAGCGACAGAUGCAAACAUCCACUCUGUGCGCUAACAAAAAAAACUGUAUUAAAUCAAUACUAUUUAGGUCUUUAAAUAUAAAAUCAACAUUCCUUAGUGCCACUUUUUGUCUCGAUAAUGCCAUGUCAGUGUCAAUAAUGGUCUCAAUGUAUGUCAUAAUAUAAUCUAUCAUCGUAUAAGUGUGAUAAUAGAGCAAGUGAUGAUCUUGUCGCAGAAACAUGUGAAGCAAAUGUUUUUUUACAAUAUUUCGUACCCUUAUAACGCACAUAUAAAAGACAUUAUACAAGAUAAUAAAUACGACGCGUAAGAAAUAAUAAAUUGUAAGCAAAUAAUUUAAUUGUACGGCAAAGUAUGUUACGUCUCAAUCAAUGUACGUUGAGCACUCUGCAAGAUUCGAACGACAUUAACUCAGAGAAAAUGACUGAUCUUUUUUAUACUCUUCUCGUCAGAAUACCGAAUACCACGAUUAUACAACUGGUAGUUACUUCAUAUAAAUGUUCAGAAUAAUUUCUCUCUUUCAUAUGUAUUGUUAGUCUUAUACAAUAAUGGUACUAUGUCCUCCAAAAACAGUCUUUAUAGUUAGUGGAAAAAAAAAAAAAAUGCCAACGUGACUUUCCUUUAUAAGAAAUUUAAUACCGAUGUUUGAUUUCUUCACUUAUAUCGGCAUAUGAGUAUACUUGAAGAUCAACAUAGUGCCAAAAAUUUAUUAGUAAUAGUAUUUUUUGUAUCUUGCACAUUUUAGACCUAUAAGAUAUUCCAAAGCAUUCGAAAGUAUUAACAGAAUUUCUAUAAGUAUCUCGACGAUAAAGAAUAAGAUAAAACUUUCACUAAAAUUUGUUGCCGUCACUUAUGUCAUCCGUACUAUUGAUCUUUGUAUCGUAGAAUGAAAGAAGAGAUACAACAAUGUUGUAUAUUUUAAUGUAACUUUUUUAUUCAAUCCAUUUGUGUAAUGUGUUAUAUAUCGCACAUAAUUACAAUUCAGAUUUGUAACCAUUUUGCAGUUUUGAAGCAAAUUCUAUCCAUUUAUGACCAGAGUAGCAAAGCCGCAAUCUUUUACAGCACAAGAUUCGAGAUGGAGAUCCAUAAUGAAAGAAGUACAAGACUCUGAACGUUUCUCGCCACUCGAUCUUGUGCUUUAUAAAUGAUAUUGCUCUCUAAAUAAUUUUAUCAUAUAAUGACGUAUCUUUAUAUUAAUCUUAUACCGUUCAUGUAUUUCAGCUAUAAAAACUUUUUAUCAAAAAU